AUGACUACAGACAUGAUCUCAGUGCGCCAGCUUCAAGAGAAGUGCAGAGAGCAGGGCAGACCACUGUAUCUGGCAUUCAUAGACCUGACCAAGGCUUUUGACUUGGUCAGCGGGAAAGGCCUGUUUCGUCUCCUGGAGAAGAUUGGAUGCCCCCCUCAGUUGCGCAGCAUGGUGGUUUCUUUCCACGAGGACAUGAAGAGCACUGUUCUGUACGACGGAUCCUGCUCAGAACCCUUCCCCAUCACAGGUGGAGCUAACACACUCUUCGGCAUCUUUUUCUCCAUGCUUCUGAAGUAUGCGUUCAGCUCCUCCGAGGACGGCGUCUACCUCCACACUCGCUCUGACGGAAAGCUGUUCAAUCUUGCUCGCUUGAGGGCAAAGACGAAGGGAUCCGCAUCAGGGAGAUGCUGUUUGCGGACGAUGCAGCAUUGGCCUCGCACGCUGAGGAAGCACUUCAGAGACUCAUGGACAGAUUCGCCCAUGCAAGCAAAGAAGAUAAACCGGCGGAUAGGGAAGGCCGUAGCAACCAUGGCCAAGCUGUCGAAAGGAGUGUGGGACAACAAGAUGCUGACAGAGAACACCAAGAUGCGCGUCUACCAGGCCUGCAUUCUCAGCACCCUCCUCUAG